AUGGCCUACGACACAUUAUCUGAUCCUAGAAAGAAAGUGAAGUUUGACCAGGCUUAUUUCUAUGCAAGACAUUCUGCUCCUCGCAAUUUCAAACGAAUACCACGCGUAAGUCCUCCGUCCGAAGACAUCACAUUAGAUGGCGACUUGGAGGGUAUGAGUAUCACUAAGCUGAAGUGUAUAGCUAAGGCUAGAGGGGUCGAUAUUGCGACAUGCAUUGAGAAGAUUGAUAUCAUUACUGCUUUGAAGAAGGGAUUAGAGGCACCAGCCGCUACAGAGGUGAAGAAUGAUAAGGCCCCAGGAGCUACGGAGCAGCCGAAGUCACCAACGAAGACGGCGAGUCGAGUCGCACCAAAACUCCCUGAGAAUAAUGAUAUUGGGAGUCGUCAAGCAGCAUAUGAGCAGCAGAUAGCGUCCCAUGUGGCAGAGGUGGCACUUUCUAACGGUAGCCUUGCAGCUUCGACGGCUCUCGUUGAGAGGCGGUAUCAGGAGUUGAUAAAAAAACUGUCGGAAUCAACGGAGGAGGGCGUGGAUGAGGAGCAUAAGGGGUCUACUGGGGAGAAGGAGGCCCGGAAGAUGAAUGUGAAUCGCCUUGCUGGGUUCAAGGAUACGUAUGGUGGUGCUCCAUCGUUUAGCAGUGGUAUUCCCUGUAGUGGUAAAAGUUGGUCGGACUUACUACCCCCUCGAGCCGCUCGACGUGUUGCUCAAUCGCAGCCAGAGGGGAACCCGGAAAAAGGGAAGCCUGAUUCGCAUGGUGAGGGUCAGCGUACGGGCUCGGAAACUGUUGCUCAUCCGAAGACACCGGAUAAGGUCGUCGAGGGAUCAGUGAAGCACACUGAGGUGUCACAAUGUGGCGAUGAGUCGGUUAAGUUGGAGAAAACGUGUGAGGAUAGUUCCCGUCCGGCGCGACGAUCUGUGACGGUUAAGAUUCCAGAGAUGUGGAGGAAGGGACGUCGGGUGCAGUUUGAUACCAAUUUUGGAGUUGUCCGAUUCACCCCACCCGACAACAGCAGUCCGGGGGAUCUGAUGACUUUCGAUCCAUCGACUCGGAUGGUUCGCAAACGGCAGCCUCUGGCAGCGCGGAAACCCUCAGAAGGGGAUCCUAAAGUUAUUUGGGAAAAUGGGAAAGAAUUUGUUUUACUGGACUAG